AUGAUGGAUUAUGUUGUUGCAUAUCCGUCCAAUAAAAAUUGGUUCUAUGCCAUGUCACAGCCUAAAAAUUAUUGGAUUGAUCAGCACAUCGAUGUUGUUUUUAACUACCUUCGUAAAAAAUCAAAACUUCACAGCAUGAAUCAAUACAGAUACACAACAGUUAAUUGUUUGUUCAGUUCACAUAUCAACAAUACCCAUGAAAGGUAUUAUAACAAUAUGGCUGAUGAUGAUAUUAGUACCCAGGAACACAUUGAUCGUGCGGUAGCUGUAUCUGUACAUGAGAGGUUAAUAACCAACGUCAUGAAAGGAUUUUCAAUACCAGCUUCAUUAUCAUGGCAUCUUAUGGACGAUGUUUACAUUCUGGUUAAUUGUGAUGGACAGUUCCAUUGGAUGUUAGCUGUUGUUGAAUUUAAUCGGAGGUUGAUACGCGUGUAUGACUCUUCUAUAGGCAUAAGGAAACAAGUACAUUAUGAGGAGAUAAAAAAGUUGUCAAGGAUGCUACCUUCUUAUCUUCUUGACAGUGGUUUCUUUGAAAAAACUGAGCGGACAAUCUGGCCAGAACUUGAUGCAUAUAAGGACAAACAAACUGGUACACUUUUGGAAUCACAUAUUCCUUUCAAUAUUGAAUACGUUCAAGGCAUCAUGCAACAAGAAGAUGAUAGCAUGGACUGCGGGUUAUAUGUAGCUACAUUUGCAGAGUUUUUGAGUGACCAACUUGUUAUACCACCUGAUACUGAUGGCCAUCUAGCAAAUUAUCUUCGCAAUCGAUAUGCAGCAUUGUUGUGGAGAUACAGCUGCAACAAGUUCAAGGGUGGAUACAUAAGUGAGAAUGACGAUCCACCAAAGCCUAAGGGUCAAUUCACAACACCAACUGAACAAGAUUUCGUUAACAUAGAUUAG